UCGACGAAGCACAUCCCAGAUCGCGCUUGUGCCUGGGUUAGAUUUCAUGGGGCUAUCUCUACCUGCCUGGACUUGAGACCCUGAUCUCAGGUUCUGCCUAUGGGGGGAAAAAAGUAUUUUUAAGCAAGAAAUCCUCCAUUCUGUAUGGUGAAUAUAGUAGGUAAGCCUUACAAGCAGGCUGUCGGGGAUACAGCAUGUAAGGGUGUUGUGAGAUUUAGAAAUUCCGUUUCUGAUUAGGAAUUCAGAGAGGGAGCCUUUGAUGUGGGGAGAUAUACUCAAAAAGCAGCGUGCAGAGACGCAUCGUAAAUGAGCUAACAGAAGUAGGUAAAAAAAAUCACAUGGUAUUAAGAAAACGGGAAAAAUCCAGCUACCGCAUUAACCCCUCGCGCUGGAUCUCCGUGCAGUAAAAGCACAGACAGCCCGAGCUUCGAGACUGCGGUUCAGUGCGGUCCCUGUCCGCAUAUCCCCACCGAUACUCGGGAAACUUGCUCAGCUGCACGCCAUCAUGAAAAACGUGGCUGCUCCACGUACUAUUCUCGGCUACAAUCUCAGGCAAAACGCGCCGAUCACCUAGCCUACACCAAGCACACGAACAUUUGAAACUCGCAUAUUUUGUAUUAAUUUUUUUUUUCGAGGAACCAUUCAACGGAGCGGUCAAAUGCUACUUUAUUAGUAAAUAAUAAUCCGCUGUAAUAAAGUAGCGAACGGGAGGCGAUCCCCAUCUCAGCCGCGGGAAACGGUCCGUCGGAGCGACAGGUCCUCCAACACAGAGACGGAAAAAAAUGAAUGGCGUGACGCAGAGGAAAUACCUCACAGCAUAAACCCGUAACAGAAGCCCGGAGUCCGGGCGAGCUCUUCCAGACGAUCGUCGGUGCGCUUCUCUCUCUCCCUCUUUCACUCUCACCCUCCCUCUCGCCGAGGUCGUGAGCCUAAUGACUGUAUAGUGACUUGGGACUUGGAAUUUUCUCACAACCUUAAACGGGUUUUCAAAUUGGACUUUCCUUGUAUUUAUUUUUUUUCUCCUCAUGUGGAUGGAAUAUAAAUGCAUGUCGACAGCUUGUCUGCUAGCUAAUGCGCUCUCUUCCGUUUUUCUCUCACACGGCAAAUGUCAGAGGAGUAAUUUAACCCAGAAAGGGAAGCAACUGUUUCGGGCAAAAAUACACAUUACAGAAUCUCGACCUGUGUAUCCAAGCGGGCACUGUACUUUCUAAAGGGCUUGACAAUAAGGAGGAUACAUUUCAAACGAUACCGGGAAACUACUUUUCCAAGGAUUUUUCUGGUUGCUCGAAGGGGCGUAUCAUUAACCGACAUCGGGCAUUCCUUGCGGAUUUCGCUUUUACUGCGCUGGAUUAAAUUUGCUCCAUACAGUAAGUUAUUUAGCUGCUGAAAGUUACCGCGAUCUGGCGGGGACGCGUAUGCGCGCACACUCCCCAUCCUCACCACCCUAGGUAUUUCACCAUGUUUGCAUAUUUAUUACAUUUGCGGCGGAGAUACAUUUUAGCGCCUUACUUGUAUUUAAACAUUUGAAUGCGUAUUCUUGAGGAACAGGAAGAAUACCGCACACCUCCAAAUGUCUGAAGAAUUGCAGAACCAAUACCUUACAAAGAAUAUCCUCCGGUGAUCCCAACAGCGGAUUAUAAAAAUAAAAAGUAAUUGAUCGAAAUUAAUAGGGGAAAUGAAUUCUGUGUGAUAAAUUAAAAAGGAAAAAUUGGUUUUGUCGGACCAGUUUGAAGCCGUGAUGGCUAACGACGUCCCAUACGACAGUCGAAAUAUUGUAGAGAUCUAUAUAUACCAUAAACUGCUGAAAACGGGCUAUGUGUGGGAAUUCCAGCCGGUCGGGGACACCGAUUCUCCCAAUAAUGGAUCAGUGGACUCCUUUGCUGCCGGCUCUCAAGUUUUGGCACGCCGGUCCCAAGCAGCUGCCGCCGGCGGAGAGGACGCAUCGCCUGUCCGCAGCCGGACGCCCAGGUCUGAUCCACACGCCCGGCUGCACAGGGUCUUGCGCGAAGCGGGGGACGAGAUCGAGAGGAUGUUCCAGCGGGACUUCUCAGAAAUGCACGAGGAGCUGCACAUCACGCCCAGCACGGCGCAGCGCCGCUUCACGGCCGUCAUCGAGGAGCUGUUCAGCGAUGGCGUGAACUGGGGCCGUAUUGUGGCGUUUUUCGAGUUCGGCGGCACCAUGUGCGUGGAGAGUGUCAACCGGGAGAUGACGUCCCAGGUGGAUAACAUUGCACACUGGAUGACGGAGUACCUGAACGGACCGCUCCAUAACUGGAUCCAGGAAAAUGGUGGCUGGGAUGCAUUUGUGGAGAUUUACGGGCAACAGCGAGGUUCGGUGCUGACCUGCUUCUGGCCGUACCUGAAGACAGUGUUUGGCCUGGCUGCUCUGGGGGCCGUCGGGGUCACCAUCGGCACCUAUUUCACCAAGAAGUGAUGUGGGGGCUCCACUUUGCCGCCUUGUCAAGGCUCCUGUUGGGUAGAGCCUUGCCCCCCAAUGACCGGCAUCUUCAAAGCCUCCCUAAGCAUCCGCGUUUCUCCAUGGUUCCUCUGAGGCAUCUCCUCAAAACACCUUCCCACUCACAUCAAACACACACAUCCCUCCGUAAAGGAUUCACACAAAUGAAAUUAAAAGCAUGAAAAAGCAACACUGAACCAUGAACACAGAUGGAAUGCAAACAUGAUAACUGGAGAGGAUUCUGGGAAAUGUACCGUUAUCCUCCCUUAUUUAUUUAUCUAUUGCUCCCAGUUAAUAGUCAUCUUAGAAGGCAGCAAAGCCGCGAUCGUGUGAAUGCAUUCGGAAGCAGAUUGAAACUGGAGUGAAUCCAUCCUCUUUAUCAUCCUACAUGGACCUCACUGUACAAAACAUAUGUAGCAUCAAUUGCAAGACUCCAGAAGUGUGCGAGCAGUGGCAGGGGCCCACAUGGAGACUCCCUUCAUUCCCAUUUCAUUAUAAGCAGGGGGUGAGCUAUGUCCUGGUAAGGCUCCCAUUCCCCUGCUAGCAGUAUCAGGGAGAUCAUGCGGACAUUAAUAAACAGGUCACAUGUUCCUAGUUAAUAAGAGGGUGACUGCCUUCCUGCUAAUAAGGACCAGAGCUUUUCUUAGAUAUGGCUGUCAUCAUAAGGGGGGGCUGCUGGAGCAGGUGCUGCUACAAUGUCACACCGUAACCCCGGGGGUCAGUGAGGUGGGGGCCGGUUACGAUCUCACAGGUGUCCUGUCCUUUGUUUAUGGCCUGGGCCUUGUCCAGCACCAAGACCGUGAUGCUUUGACCUUUGACCUGCUUGGACCUCUCCCACUGGCUCCCUAUUUACACAGGACAUACUCGCAGCCUGCUGUUCCCCCUAUCCCGUUCCUUCCGUGUAUGGUCGUGGCUGUGUAUGUUGGUUCAUUUUUCUUGUAGUGGAACUUUUUUUCAGAAACAGUAUUAUGGGAGGGGGGGCACCCUCACCUGCCCGAGCACCCACACAACACAUCUCCCUCCGGACUGAGCCAGAUGAGACUGGUGCCAGACCUACAUCGUGCUCCGAUUGGCUCCCUGGGGCAGCCGCACCGAAAAACCUGAUCCUGCUUCCGUUCAGGGAAGCACUUCAUCGACGGCCUGGGGCUCCGUCCAGCUGUGUGGGUGGGGGUGUUUUCCAUCCCUUAGGGCACUGCCAGAAGUUCCUGGUACGUCCUCAGUACAGUCUGCAUGUCUUAUGGACCCCAUCCAGCAUUUCACACACCCAGCCCAUCACUGCCAGAUCCAUAGCUUAUUUAUGACAUCGUUUUUUUUUAAUUCAUUUUAUUAUUUAAGGGGAUGAGUUUCUACUGCAAAGUUUUCAUGUAUUUUUCAGGCCAAACAGAUAUCGGUUAGUCUUUGCGUAGCUCAGGGGUUCAACGCAUCAGGAGCAACACACCCCCCACCCCCAGAUACAGCACAUUGUUGGGACGAAGGAACCUGGGGGUAUUUGAAAAGGUCACAAGAAGAGCCCUACUAUAUCCCUGAAUGAGGCACCUAAUCUGGAUUUCAUCCGUCAGUAUGCAGUUUUAGAUACAUGCUCAGCUUUAGAUAAAUGCACAAAUCUGAAAUGUUAAAUAUGUAUGCAAUUUGUAUAUAAUCAUCACAGUGUAAAGCUUAAAUAAGGUGACCGUGCAUCCACUUCUCCCAGGACCUUUUUUGGCACCUAAAAAUAUCAGAAAUAUCUGGGAUUUUACUUUGUGUUAUAUUUGCUUUCUACAGUCAGAAUACUUUCUGUUUACAUAAUUACAUUGCUUUGAUGCCUCCCUCUGCGUCCUGCCACCCUCAGCAUCCUCUUCUUCGCAAAGCAAAGUAUGGUCACUCUAGGUUAAAGCACACACGAUGCAGCUUUCCAGUCAUGGUGGUCACUCUACUCUGAAAGUAAGGGGAGGAGGAUCAACUUCCAUGAUCUUUACGAUAUGAUGAAUGACUGUAGGGUGUUCUGCUGUUCGGCGGUCCCCGCGCAACUGAGCGCGGGCGGGAUUGGAAACCGUGUUCACAGCUGACGUUUUUUUUUUUUUAAAUACGCUACAGCUACCGGACUUUUACAGCUAUCGUAUGUUUACAUCCAACAGUAACAUCAAAUGUAGUGCUCUGUUAAGAAAAAUAAAAAGAACAGUCUAGUUUUUAUUAACGAGUCAUCUACUUAGCUACUUACCGUACUAACUUUAUGGUUUAAUUUAUUACAAGGUACCAAAAUGUUCAUUUACACAUCCAUAUCUACCAGCUACUGAAUGGAAGCACUCGCAGCAAUACACUUGGGGGUCUGUUACUCAUGCCUACACCAGAUUUGCAUGUGUGUUUUUUUUAAGUAAAAAGUAAAAUAUGUAAUUAAACUACAUUACAGCUGCCAUUUUAGAAAAGCAUUGGGGAAGGGGGGGGAAAUGUUACUUGGCUUUUUUUUCUCUUAGUAAAAUAACAGAUGCAAAUUUUGCAGAUGCAAAGGUGUUUGAGGAAAGCCCCCCCCCAACCUGCUGGGGGCUGAGGUACUGUGUACAUUUGCUCUUGGGUCUUUUUUUUGAGUUGCGUAACGUGUAACUUGCAGCUGCUAAUGGACGAUAAACGAGUAACGAAAAGAUGUAUCACGGAGGCCGACUCUGCACUAUUUCAAGCUGCUUACGAUGAGGUUUCAGAAAAUACUGCCAGCCACAGGCGAUUCUCGCCAGACAACGCAUGCACUCGAAUCUCUUUUGAUUAAUAAAAAUACAUCGAUGCUUAACCAAUUCCAGAAA